AUGAGGUAUUCGGCUGCCAUCCUGGGUCUUGCACUGCUCAGCACAUUGGUUGUGGCGGCACCUCUCACGGCGCAGCGACAGGCACUCCAUGCUAGUCGAACCAAUAGAGCUCUUGGUCAUGGAAGUAGACCUCUCAGGCCCGGCACCGCAGAUGUACUAUAUAUCAACGGCACAUCACAGGAAGAGUACAGCGCCAAUUGGGCCGGUGCCGUGCUCAUCGGUAAAGGAUACACCUCCGUCACCGGCGAGACCAUAGUUCCCAUCCCCAAGCCUCCCCACGGGGCUGAUAGCACCACGGGCUACUGUGCUUCUGCAUGGGUUGGCAUUGACGGCGAUACCUGCAGCACCGCCAUUCUCCAAACAGGAAUCGACAUGUGUGUCCAAGGCGGCGUGGUCUCAUAUGAUGCCUGGUAUGAGUGGUUCCCGGACUACUCUCACAACUUUAUAGGCAUCAUCAUCUCAGCUGGAGACUCGAUCAGAAUGACAGUCGAAGCUACUUCGACAAGUUCUGGAUCUGCAAUAAUCGAGAACCUGUCCACAGGCAUGUCGGUGACCCAUCAGUUCCCGAGUGCAAUUGGUGCGAGUCUCUGUGAGACGAAUGCGGAGUGGAUUGUGGAGGACUUUAGUAUCAGCACUGGGUUGGUUCCUUUUGCCGAUUUUGGAACGGUGGUGUUUACGAAUACCGUCGCCUCUGCUGGCGACGAUCAAUUUGGACCGUCGGAGGCCGUCAUUAUAGACAUAGCUCAGGAUCGGUUGUUGACUACGGCGUCGGUGACGAACAACAGUGUCACGGUCAGUUAUCUUUGA